UUCCAUUUGGUGUUUCAAAAGGUACCGGUAUACCCUAUAUAUAGAGAUGGUAAAUUAUCGGUUAAUUUUUCAUCAGUCCAUUCAAAGCUUCUGGACUGAAGACUGACAUUUGGAGGUAAAACAUUGUCGCUGUCAAGUCUUCGAGCUCACAAGUCCACCUGAUCGAUAUUUCAAUCGCACUGAUCGAUCUCUCCAAAAAUAGACUGGUGUCGUUAUUCUACAAGAACCAAAAUAUACCGAAGGUAAGUACUUCCCGGCCAUCAUAAGCUCCUAGGUAGCCUUGAUAGCCUGCCUAGCCUAUAUAUCUAUAGGGAGGUCUAAAUAAUCGUUUAGGUAAAAAGAAAAACCCCGGGAUACCCCGUCGCAAAAUGCGCUAACUUCAAGUCUGGUGUAAGAGAGAGAAAAAAAAAAAAAAUAAAAGACCAAAGGCAGGUUCGAAUUGGAUUUGAGGCUCUCUUGGCUAUCUGAACUCUACCCCGGCCUUUGGGUGUGGGCCAGAGUGGACCCCAUCGCGCCAAGAAGUGUCUGUUCAGUAAAGGUGUCCUGGCUCUCUGUUCCAGCCAGGGUCAGCUUCUAUUGGUUCUGCAUUGGAUGCAGGUCCGCGACGCCAACCAGUCAAAAAAAAAGUACGUCAAGACAUUUGCCUUCCUUGUAAUCAUAAGCACGACUGUUGGCCUGAACCAGGAACCAAAGUCGUUCUACAAUACCAACAGAUUAGCCAUCUGAUCAUCUCUUCUGAUCCGAGCCUCAACCUUGAGCUUUAUCUGCACAACUACAUCGGAGCUGACAGCUUUAUCCCCGGCAUUUAUUUCUCCCGAUCAUUAGUCCAAUCGUCAUUGCUAGACAAAGACGCUUUUGCACUCGACACAUUGCAUUUUCCCCAUGCAUCAACAUCCCAUUUCAUAGACUCUGCAUUUGCCGGGGUUCAUGAUCGUCUCUUUCUCGCGAGCCCCCUAACCCAACCGAUACACCAUGGAGAAGGGACGCGAUGGUGUCAAUGGCAUCCCCUCAAUGGGCGCACAUGACGAGAUCGAAAGAUCACAGUCUAGGACACCCGGCGGUCAUACACGCACGACGUCGUAUCAAUCCAGAGAACUAGCCGAGGACUUCUCCUACUUGACGGCAAGCGAAACCGCUACGCGAUUACAAACUUCGUUAACUCAUGGCCUCACGGCUACCGAAGCGUUGCGACGACAGCAAGACCAUGGGCUCAACGAGAUCCCACACGAACCUCCAGAACCGCUUUGGUUGCGCUUCAUUGGUCAGUUCAAGGAACCGUUGAUCCUUCUGCUCCUCGCAUCGGCAGCUGCCUCGAUAUUCCUAGGGAACACGGAUGAUGCUGUGAGCAUAACGGUUGCGGUGACAAUCGUAGUUACGGUCGGAUUCGUGCAGGAAUAUAGAUCCGAAAAGUCUAUCGAGGCUUUGAGCCACCUGGUCCCAGACCAUGCCCACCUCAUUCGCAACUCUGCCACCAAGCCCGCACAGUCUCGAUCGACGACUUGGGCUGCUAAUAAUGGCCAGGUUGAUGAUGACGCCCCAGAGCCGACAGCUUCAGGCGCCACAACCCCGGGGGAGGCGGCACUGGAGGCAACAUCUGUGAAAGUCAUGGCUGAACAACUUGUACCCGGCGACCUCGUUAUUUUCACAACUGGCGACCGCAUUCCUGCCGAUAUCCGUGUGACGAAAGCUACUGACUUGACCAUCGACGCCUCGAACCUUACCGGCGAAAACGAGCCAGAACGUCUCACGGCUGCGCCGCGCCACCGUGGUGCUCGGCCAUUGUCCCCUUACGCAGGGUCUAGUCUACAGCUGCCUAGCCCUACGUUCGCGACGCAAUCCGCCCCUGAUUUUAAGAGCCAGGCCGGAGACGACCUGAGCCAGGAGCCCAAGAACGUGGCGUACAUGGGCACGUUGGUUAGAUCUGGACACGGACAAGGAAUAGUCUUUGCUACCGGAGGGAAUACCCACUUCGGCACUAUCUCACUAAGCGUAUCCGGCACCGAAAGCCCUCGUUCGCCGCUGCAGCUCUCAAUGGACGAACUGGGCGGGCAACUCAGCAAGUUUUCGUUCAUUGUUAUCGGUUUCAUCUCUCUCAUUGGAUUCCUCCAGGGCAAGAAGCUGCUCGAGAUCUUCACCAUAUCCAUCUCUCUGGCUGUAGCCGCUAUCCCCGAAGGCCUCCCCAUCAUUGUAACGGUGACUCUGGCGCUCGGUGUGCAUCGCAUGGCCAAACGCAAUGCGAUAGUCAGGAAGAUGCCCAAAGUAGAGACCCUUGGAUCGGUGAACAUUGUUUGCACCGACAAGACAGGCACCCUCACCAUGAAUCACAUGACCACCACAAAGAUGUGGUACUUUGGACAGCAGAGUUCAGUCAGUGUGGACUCUGACGAUGAGUUCACCGAGAUUAAGCCAGAUGCUGCAACCUUACGAAUCCUACGCAUUGGAAACAUUGCGAACAACGCACGCCUCGCGCACCAGUACACCGAAAAUGGCGCAGCUGCUAGAGCCGUCCUGUCGUCAACCCUCGGCAAGAAUGAGCACAGCUCGGCAUAUACUCGCUGGGUUGGGCAGCCCACCGACGUGGCCAUGCUUGACCUACUGGACAGAUUCAAGGAGCAUGAUGUCAGGGGGUCCGUUGGGCCACGUACUACCGAGACUCCUUUCAGUUCUGAGAGGAAAUGGAUGGGUGUCACCAUCGGCGCCGAGGGUGGCAGCAGGAAUGAUAAGGAGUUCGCUUACAUCAAGGGCGCCCUGGACCGAGUUUUGGCGAGCUGUGACACGUACAUCACCGGAGAAGGCAGGGAGUUCGUCCUUGACUCUAAUAGACGCCAGGAGGCCAUCCAGGCAGCAGAGCAAAUGGCAGCCAAGGGGCUGCGUGUGCUUGCGUUUGCAAGUGGUGCAGUCAGCAAGCCGACUAGAGGAAAGGGAUCCAUUGCAUCAACGACCAGAAGCAGCACUCCUGCCGGGAACAACUCGGAAGACGGUCAUCCCGCUACUAACGAGGAGCCCUACACCGGCUUGACCUUUGCAGGGCUGGUCGGUAUGAGCGACCCGCCCAGGCCUGGGGUAGCGCGAUCCAUCAGAAAGUUGAUGCGUGGCGGCGUCAAAGUCAUCAUGAUUACUGGCGAUGCUGAAACCACGGCAGUAGCUAUUGGAAGACAGCUAGGCAUGCACAUCGCAGCCCCCAUUGAGCAUGGCGAUAACCAGGUCAGCGUCCGACCUGUUCUCCGUGGCGAGGAGGUGGAUGCCAUGACAGAGGAGGAACUGGCUCAGGCGAUGCAGACUACGACAGUGUUUGCGCGGACCAAUCCCGACCACAAGAUGAAGAUCAUUCGUGCCCUCCAGAUGCGUGGCGAUAUCGUUGCUAUGACCGGAGACGGUGUUAACGAUGCGCCUGCUCUAAAGAAGGGGGACAUUGGAAUUGCGAUGGGAAGACAGGGCACUGACGUGGCCAAGGAGGCGGCCGACAUGAUUUUGACCGAUGACGACUUCUCGACGAUUCUUCACGCCAUUGAGGAGGGCAAGGGCAUAUUCAACAAUAUCCAGAACUUUUUGACAUUCCAGCUGAGCACAAGCGCCGCUGGGUUGUCCCUCGUCUUGCUCUGCACGGCGCUCGGGUUCAAGUCGCCGCUCAACGCCAUGCAGAUCUUGUGGAUUAACAUUAUUAUGGAUGGACCUCCUGCUCAAUCACUAGGCGUAGAGGCUGUCGACAAAGACGUCAUGAACCGACCACCUCGUAAGCGCAACGACCCUGUACUUACGCGAGCCGUUAUUCAACGUGUUGCGCAGUCGGCCACUAUCGUAAUGGUCGGCACCAUGCUAGUGUACACGCACGAAAUGCUGGAGGACAGGCAGGUGACACGGCGUGACACGACCAUGACCUUUACAUGCUUUGUGCUGUUUGAUAUGUUCAACGCACUCGCCUGCCGGUCAGAAUCCAAGUCGAUACUGCGAGGAGAGAUAGGCUUGUUCCAAAAUACCCUUUUCAACUGGGCCGUUUCGUUGAGCAUUGCCGGGCAGCUGCUUGUGAUAUACUUUCCCUGGUUGCAGGAAGUGUUUCAGACUGAGGCGCUGGGCUUCAUGGACUUGGUGCGGCUUGUAAUGAUAUGCAGCACCGUUUUCUGGGCGGACGAGCUGCGGAAGUGGCUCAAAUACGGGCGGAGAAGAGUUGGCAGCAAUUACAGCCAAGCUGUGUAAAAGUAGGUAAAUAGGUAACUAUCAAGUGUACAUAAUUGUCAGGGUUGCCUUGGUCUAAUAUGAUUUGCUCUCAUAACUUGCUCCUGUU